AUGGAGCUUUUCAUCUUCAUCUUCAUCCUCUGUUUCCCUAUCUUCAUCUUCUUCAUCUUCUUCCCCAAAACUUCUUCUUCAGAGUUCGGUUUCGAGUCGUACCCGAUCGUCGGGAGCAUACCUGGUCUAGUUAGAAACCGUCACCGAUUCCUUGACUGGAUGGUAGAGACUCUAUCCCGAUGCCCAACCCAGACUGCUAUUUUCCGGCGACCAGGGAAGCUACAGUUCGUCAUGACGGCGAAUCCGGCUAACGUAGAGUACAUGCUUAAGACCAAAUUCGAGAGUUUCCCUAAAGGCGAGCGGUUCAUCUCGACUCUUGAGGAUUUUCUCGGCCGCGGGAUUUUUAACGCCGACGGUGCCAUGUGGUGGAAACAGAGGAAGACGGCGAGCUACGAGUUCAGUACUAAGUCUCUCCAUGACUUCAUUAUGAACAACGUCACCGUCGAAAUCAACACCAGGCUUGUUCCAGUGUUAGCGGAAUCUGCCGCCACAAGAAAAUUGAUUGAUCUUCAAGAUAUAUUUGAGAGAUUCGCGUUUGAUAACAUCUGUAAAUUAGCCUUCAACGUUGAUUCAGCUUGUCUCGGAGACGACGGAGCCGACGGUGUCAAUUUCAUGCGUGCCUUUGAAACGGCGGCGGCGAUCAUCUCGCGACGGUUUCAGUCUGUGGUUUCGUAUUCGUGGAAGAUUAAGAAGAAGCUCAACAUCGGAUCAGAGAGAGUUUUGAGAGAAUCAAUCGUGACCGUUCACAAAUUCGCAGACGAGAUUGUUCGUAACAGGAUUGAUCAAGGAAGAACAAAUGACAAGAAGGAGGAUUUGCUUUCUCGAUUCAUCAGCAACGAGGAUAUGAAUUCUCCAGAGAUGCUUCGUGACAUUGUCAUAAGCUUUAUCCUCGCGGGACGUGACACCACUUCCGCUGCUUUGAGCUGGUUCUUUUGGUUACUCUCUGUGCAUCCAGAGGUGGAGCAUAAGAUUCUACAAGAGUUGAAAUCGAUUAGAGAGCGAACAGAGAAGCGACUCGGGGAAGUUUACGGGUUUGAGGAUCUUAAACUAAUGACCUAUUUGCACGCGGCGUUAACCGAAUCUCUAAGAUUGUAUCCGCCAGUGCCAGUGGAUACAAUGAGCUGUGCUGAGGAGAAUGUGUUGCCUGAUGGGACUUUUGUAGGGAAAGAUUGGGGGAUAUCUUAUAACGUGUUUGCGAUGGGGAGGAUGGAGAGUAUUUGGGGGAAAGAUUGUGAUCGGUUUGAUCCCGAGAGGUGGAUUGAUGAAACAACGGGUGGUUUUAGAGGUGAGAAUCCUUAUAAGUUUCCUGCUUUUCACGCAGGACCAAGGAUGUGUUUAGGGAAAGAGAUGGCUUAUAUUCAGAUGAAAUCGAUAGUUGCAGCGGUUUUAGAGAGGUUUGUAGUUGAGGUUCCGGGGAAGAAGGAGCGUCCUGAGAUUCUGUUGUCGGUCACACUUAGGAUGAGAGGAGGUUUGUUUGCGAGGGUACAAGAGAGAUCUUGAGUUACUUGUUUCAGAAGCAAUCUUUUAGUUUGCUCUUCUCAUAUCUUUUAGUGUCCAUAUUUAACUGUAAACGAACACGGUGUUAGUGGAUUAUCGAAAUACAAGUGUGACAACAAUGGUGGUUUGGUUACA